AUGAAUCUAAACGAUGACCGCAGCAUUGACGAAUACCUCGUUAACUUGCUUCGUCAAGGUAAUUCCUUAUUCGCUAAGACGGAAGAUGAUCGAGUGGCUGGUAUCUGUGUUAGUUACGCUAGCAGCCCUGUCGAUCCCAGAAAACUUCGGAACUAUGCUUUUCAUCGACAGGAUCCAAACACAAAGGACUUUUUGAAUUUCACUGCGAAGUUACAAGAGACUCCGAAUUUAUGGGACAUGUUUAAAGAACCCAAAAUAUACGAGAUCAAAAUGCUCACGGUUAUACCAGAGUACCGACGGCAAGGCCUGGCCGUAAUGCUCGCGGAGAAAUCUAUAGCGCAGGCAUUCGAUCAAGGAUACAAAGUGAUACGUAUGGAUUGUAUUAAUCAAUACGACUUCAAGGUGGCCGAAAGCUGCAUGCUCAACUGCCUCACUCGGUUCCCUCUCCACAAACUGCGCGGAACCAACAAGCCCUACAUCAAACAGAGCUCCAAAUAUAACCGAUUCGUUCGGGUCUACGUGGAGGCGAGGAUCCAGGGAGACGAGCCAGAUACGACCCGCGUGAGGCAACGCCAGCACUUUGAGAGCUUCAUUGAA